GCGGAGUUGCCAUGGCGGCGCUGAGCGGUCUGGCGUCUGCGCUGGAGUCGUACAGGGGUCGGGAUCGCCUGAUCCGAACACUGGGGUACUGCUGUCAGCUGCUUGGUGGGGUCCUGGUUGAACAAUGUCCCUCCAGGUCAGAAUUGGGGACACGGCUGCUGGCGAUGUCUGCCCAGCUCAGUCACUGCAGGACUGUCCUGAGACUCUUCGAUGACUUGGCUAUGUUUGUCUACACUAAGCAAUAUGGCCUGGGGACAGAGGAGGAGGAUGUUUUUGUUCGUUCCCUGUCUGUCUUGAGUAAUGUAGCUGACCAGCUGUACUACCCGUGUGAACACGUGGCCUGGGCAGCCGAUGCCAAGGUCCUCCCUGUGGACUCUGCCCGGUGGUGGAUGCUAAGCACAGCCCUCUGGGGCCUAUCCCUGCUCCUGGGGGUUACCAGGUCGCUGUGGACGGUGCUGAGACUGAGGCAGAAGCUGUGGAGCCCCAUGGCCAGCCUCUCCAGGUAUGGUGUCCAGGCUUCAGCAGGGAGGCCCCCAGGGCUGCCCAUGAGCUGA